AUGUCAGAAACGGUAGGCCAGGCUCCGAUCAAGAUCUGUGGCGACAUACACGGGCAGUACUCCGAUCUAUUGCGCCUGUUCGAGUAUGGCGGCUUCCCUCCCGAGGCCAACUACCUCUUCAUGGGCGACUACGUGGAUCGCGGGAAGCAGAGCCUGGAAACCAUCUGCUUGCUGCUCGCGUACAAGAUCAAGUACCCGGAGAACUUUUUCCUCUUGCGGGGGAACCACGAGUGCGCGUCCAUCAAUCGCAUCUAUGGCUUCUACGACGAGUGCAAGCGAAGGUAUAACAUCCGGCUGUGGAAGACGUUCACGGAGUGUUUCAACUGCCUGCCCGUGGCGGCGCUCAUAGACGAGAAGAUCCUCUGCAUGCACGGCGGCCUCUCCCCGGAGCUGCGCUCACUCGAGCAGAUCAAGAAGAUCGGACGGCCCACAGACGUCCCGGACGCGGGGCUGCUGUGCGAUCUUCUGUGGGCAGAUCCCGACAAGGAUAUCCAGGGGUGGGGGGACAACGACCGUGGCGUGUCCUACACGUUUGGUCCUGACGCCGUAACAGAGUUCUUGGACAAGCACGACCUUGACUUGGUGUGCCGAGCCCACCAGGUUGUGGAAGACGGGUACGAGUUCUUUGCCAAGCGCCAACUUGUGACCGUCUUCUCAGCGCCCAACUACUGCGGCGAGUUUGACAAUGCGGGGGCCAUGAUGAGUGUGGACGAGAGCCUCAUGUGCUCCUUCCAGAUCCUCAAGCCCGCAGAGAAGAAGCCGAAAUUCGGCUACGGAGGCAAUGUGGGCGGUCGGGGGAUGAUGCGAGGGCGGGGAUAUGGAGGGAAGUGA